AUCACCACCAGUUACAUUCCAGCUGUUGGGAUUGGAGUUGGAAGUUCGACGCGGGCUCCCACCCUCCCUUCUCCAUUGUCUUUGGCGCGCGGUGACCCCUCCCCUCAUGUCAUGGCUUCUUCCGAUGUGGCUCGGCAGCUGUACUAUCAACCUAAUAUUGGAAUGAAAGGACCCUUUACUUCACCAGCAGAUAAUCAUGAUGCAAGAAAACAGAAUUGUCGAUCCUUAUUCUUGUCUGGACAUGUUGGUUUUGAUAGUUUACCAGAUCAAUUGGUUAACAAAUCUAUCCAUCAGGGAUUUUGCUUCAACAUUCUCAGUAUUGGAGAGACGGGGAUUGGAAAAUCAACUUUGAUUGAUACAUUGUUCAAUACCUCUUUCGAUGAUCAUGUGUCAACACACUUUCAGCCAAAUGUGAGGCUUAAAGCUCAGACUUAUGAGCUUCAAGAAAGCAAUGUCCGAUUGAAGCUGACAAUUGUAAAUACAGUUGGAUUUGGGGACCAGAUAAACAAAGAUGAUAGUUAUCAGCCAAUUGUCGAUUAUAUCGAUGCACAAUUUGAGGCCUACCUCCAGGAAGAGCUGAAAAUUAAGCGUUCCUUAUAUAAUUAUCAUGAUACUCGCAUCCAUGUGUGCCUGUAUUUCAUUUCACCCACGGGGCAUUCCCUUAAAACUCUUGAUUUGUUAACAAUGAAAAAUCUUGACAGUAAGGUGAACAUUAUUCCAGUUAUAGCUAAAGCAGAUACAAUUUCCAAAUCUGAACUGCAGAAGUUUAAGAUCAAAAUCAUGAGUGAGCUGGUCAGUAAUGGAGUUCAAAUAUACCAGUUUCCAACAGAUGAUGAGAACAUUGCUAAAAUUAAUGCUACCAUGAAUGGACACUUGCCAUUUGCUGUAGUGGGGAGUACAGAAGAGUUAAAGGUCGGUAACAAAGUUGUAAAGGCUCGCCAGUAUCCUUGGGGCAUUGUGCAAGUGGAGAACGAGAACCACUGUGAUUUUGUGAAACUUCGGGAAAUGUUGAUUUGUACAAAUAUGGAAGAUCUCAGGGAACAGACUCAUAUGCGCCACUAUGAAUUGUACCGGCGAUGCAAACUGGAAGAAAUGGGUUUCCAAGACACUGGUCCAGAAAACAAACCUGUUAGGGUGCCAGAUAGCAGGAAGACCAGUUAUAGAGAAAGUCUACAGGAGACAUAUGAAGCUAAAAGACACGAAUUUCUUGGAGAAUUAGAACGGAAACAAGAAGAAAUGAGGCAAAUGUUUGUGCAAAGAGUCAAAGAGAAAGAAGCACUGCUAAAAGAAGCAGAGCGAGAACUUCAAAUGAAGUUUGAACAUUUGAAACGACUACAUCAGGAAGAGAGAUUGAAAGUAGAAGAAAAAAGAAAGCUUUUGGAAGACGAAAUUAUUGCAUUCAACAAGAGGAAAGCUGCCUCAGACAUAUUGCAAGGCAGGCCUCUGCCUCCUACACCUACAGCUGGUUUUAAAAAAGAUAAAGAUCGGAAAAACACCGGUUUCAUGUGAACUGGAGAAGAAAUUGUUCACAAAAUCUGAGAGGAAGAAAGAUGGAUUGAUACCUCCUUUCUUUUUCUUAAUGUGUGUUCAUUGGAAAAUUGACCGCAGCAACCGCAUUAAAAUAUGUAAUCAGUUCUGCAUCCUGUCCUAUAGGUUGCUGUCAAAUUAAGAAUUCUCUCGAAUGGACUUUUUUUUUCCAGCAGCUUGCACUUAAACUAUGUACUUUUGCCAACAGAAAUGCACAUCAGCCUUCUGUACCAAAGAUCACCAUGCUAUGAACUCUUGUGCUUUGGAUCUGAAGGCAAAUGACAGCUUCAGAGUGCGUUGGGGCAUAAAUCUAGCACAGGUCUGCAACUUGCUUUCCUGCCACUGCUCAGUGAGGGAGGAGAACAGCUGCUAGUUGCAAGGAGAGCUUUAAGGAAGAGCAGGGAAGUGCCACCUUCAUGCAGUGCAGGCUCAGAAGCUCCUUUUGCCUUAGAAUCUAAAGCACACCAAAGCCCCGAUAUAAACAACUUUCAUUUAAGAUACGAAUACUGUAUUAUAAUAGUAUUCACUGACUACACAUUAUAAUUGUUUUAAAGAAUUUGUGCCUUUUUGAUCUCUUAGCUAUAUAACCUUUAAAGUGCCUUUUAUUGAAUUGUAUAAAAUAUGUAAAACAAUAUGUUUUAAAAUGUGCACUUUGCAAUUUUGUAAUGAUGACAAGCUUUAGAGUUAAAGUGGAUCAUGGUUGCCUUUACCAUUGCAGUAUUCAUGCAAGCACAGACAUUACUUGAAAACCGAUACUGAAAAUUAACUUGGUUGCAAGGGUGUCUUCUCUUUAAGCCACCUUCUCUCAUCUAUGGCUUAAUUACACAAUAUGAAGGCUGGGAAUGGUCAUGUUAAAAAUUAGAUUGGGUUUUAAUAAAAAUUCUGACAACUUCAUAUUCAUUUAAACAUGUCCUAAGUAUUCCUUGACACGAAGCCUUCCAUCAAUUUUAAUUCUUAUAAUUUAACAUCAAGUGGUAGAAGAAGAAAAUGAAUUUUUUUCACCCUGAAGUGAGCUUAAAUAGGGUUGAAUCCCAUGCUUGCUUACUUGGACAAAAGUUCUGUUCUUCAAAGAAGCAAUAAAACUUGAUUUUGAAGUUAUCCAUUACUUAGGCAACCAGUAGUUCUGGUGCUUCCUGUUUACUAAUAAAUAUAGCAGUUGCUUAUGUAACCCUCAUAGAUUUCUGCUAAUUAUUUUAUAAAACACAUGUAGCUUGACAAAUAAAGUUAUUUGGUUAAACAAUUAGUAAGUAUUCCA